CAAAACAUAGGCAUACUAAAACACCCCCUCUCCUCCCAAAGUGUUUUGGUACCCGAUGGAAGAGUGGGAAUGGUUCUCCCUCUUUUCCGCAUACUAAAACACUCCCUCUCCUUUCAAAGUGUUUUGGUACCCGAUGGAAGAGUGGGAAUGGUUCUCCCUCUUUUCCGCAUACUAAAACACUCCCUCUCCUUUCAAAGUGUUUUGGUACCCAAUGGACUAGUGGGAAUGGUUCUCCCUCUUUCCCCAUACCAGAAAACUCCCUUUCCUCUCAAGAGUGGGAUGGAUCUCCCUCUCUCCCGCACACGAAAACACUUCCACUCUAAGUGAUUUGCUAACCGAUGAAAAAGUGUACUCCCUCUCUCAAAUAUGUUUUUGGAAUGCCUAUAGCGUUCUCUAAUUUUCUGUUUCACGGAUUAGAAAUCAAUCCUUAUUGACGCGUGUAAGACAUCCUCGAACCGAUGCCGAUUUCGGGAUUAGCUUUUGAGGAAAAUGUGGGCGUGUACCGUAGAAAAAGAUAAUCCUUUGAGGUGUUUGCUUUCUUACACACCUGUUUCACGGAUUAGAAAUCAAUCCUUACUGACGCGUGUAAGGCAUCCUCGAACCGAUGCCGAUUUCGGGAUUAGCUUUUGAGGAAAAUGUGGGCGUGUACCGUAGAAAAAGAUAAUCCUUUGAGGUGUUUGCUUUCUUACACACCUGUUUCACGGAUUAGAAAUCAAUCCUUACUGACGCGUGUAAGGCAUCCUCGAACCGAUGCCAAUUUCGGGAUUAGCUUUUGAGGAAAAUGUGGGCGUGUACCGUAGAAAAAGAUAAUCCUUUGAGGUGUUUGCUUUCUUACACACCUGUUUCACGGAUUAGAAAUCAAUCCUUAUUGACGCGUGUAAGGCAUCCUCGAACCGAUGCCAAUUUCGGGAUUAGCUUUUGAGGAAAAUGUGGGUGUGUACCGGGUGCGCACACCGACAUCCUUUGCUCAGGUGGUUGACAAUGCAGCAUGGUAUACUGAUCGAUGCCCUUUAGUUUUAGAAUAAGCGUUACACCUUUCAUACGAAUGCUGCGUAUUGCUUUGGAGAAAAAAUGUGGGCGUGUGCAGGUUGAUGCGCACGCCAAGGACCCCGCUCAGGUGGUAGACAAUGAAGCAUUGUAUAGUGAUCAGUUACACCUCUCAUGCGAAAGCUUCAUAUUCCUUUUGAGAAAAAUGCAGGCGUGUGCAGGUCGAAUAAGAAAUUAAUCCUUAUUGCUGUGUAAGGCAUCCUCAGACCGUUGCCAAUUUUUGGAAUGAGCGAUAUGUUUCUCUUGAAAACGUGGGUGUGUGCAGGUUGGUGAAGUGAUGAACCCUCAAAGCUGUUUUCCACGUUAGAGAUAAUUUUCGCACACACUUGAAACUGACGAUUCUUGAAGAGAUAAUCUUACGCUCAAUCUCUCUCUCUCCCUCCAAGAAAGCGUAGGUGUGCACUCGAGUGAUUGAGGGAUGGUCAAAUUUUGUUGAGAGGGAGGAGAUUUUAAAAAUUCCGGUGGGAAGUGUCUAAGGGAGGUUCUAUGAGAAGAAAGUGGAAAUUUUUCGGCAAUUCGAAGGACUUUUGGCAAUUGAAGUGGAAAGGGAAGCUUCGCUGUCCACCGUAUUUAAGGACCCGGUGCAUGCUUCGUCAGUCAAUUCACUCCUCGUUUCCAAGUUCAUUCGGCAAAAUAGUGAAAAGUGUUCUCCCGCCUUCGAGUAUAACCCCUCAAGAUACACCGGAGUCAGGAUUUUUCUUGCAAGCUGACAAGAAAAUGUCACCGAAGAAGCUAAAUUCACCAAUGCAGCCUUCUCGAAGCCGACGGAGUCUGCAGGUCGCCCAGGAGCGUAUACGUUGGCUGGUCGCCAACGCACCAACUCUCCUAACAAUGCUCGACUACGUCUCCUGGGCAAUGGACGUGGUCGAAACACUGCCACAACCACCAAAUGCUGCUUUGCAGCAAUUAGCAUCGCGACGAUCUCCGACGGCUGACCUGCCACGACGAUCUCCGGCGGCUAACCUGCCACGACGAUCCCCGGUGGCUGACCUACCACAACGAUCCCCGGUGGCUGACCAGCCUCGACGAUCCUCGACGGCUGAGCAGCCGCAGAGAUCUUCGACGGCUGAGCAGCCGCAGAGAUCUUCGACGGCUGAGCAUCCUCGACGAUCCUCGGCGGCUGACCCGACGCAGCGAUCUCCGACGGCUGACCCGCCACGGCGAUCCCCAAUGGCUGAGCAGCCUCAGAGAUCUUCGACGGCUGAGCAUCCUCGACGAUCCUCGGCGGCUAAUCCGGCGCAGCGAUCCCCAAUGGCUGAGCAGUCUCGGCGAUCUUUGACGGCUGAGCAGCCUCGACAAUCUUCGGUGACCCGAAGAAGACGGUCUCGGUCGAGCUCAAGUUCUAGCUCGAGUUCGAGCUCGAGUUCGAGCUCUAGUUUGAGCUCUAGUUCGAGCUCCAGCUCUAGCGGAACAUGUACAUCUGUUAAAAGUAUACGCGAUCUCAAGCCGAUUCCUAAGAUCGCGUCCUCGAAUAUGAAGAGAAAAGUAAAUGAUCAAAAAGGCAACGAGCAGAAGAAGAAAAAGGUAGGAGAGAGAGAGACGUCACCAAAACCAGGAACAUCUACAAUGACUUCAGAGGUUACGAGACCAGUACCGAGACGUGGUAUUUUGCAAUUAAAAAGGACUGAUAGUAAACAGCAGCAGCAACAACAGCAACAGCAGCAGCAACAGCAGCAGCAGCAACAGCAGCAGCCACAGCAACACCAGCAACAGCAGCAGCAACAGCAGCAGCAACAACAUCAGCAACAGCAACAGCAGCAGCCACAGCAACAGCAGCAACAGCCGUCACAGCAACAACAGCAACCUCAGCAGCAACAACAACGCAAUUUACCGCGGAUUAUAGAUGAUGAGAUAAUAAUAGAUCACAUCAAUGUAAACAAAAUUUACAAAAAUUAUAAAAAAAAAUAAAUUUAAAGAAUU